AUGCGCCGAGACAAGCAAGUAAAAGAGCAGAAGCUGCAGGCCCAGGGGACAUCAUCAUCAUCAUCUACAACCACAUCAACUUCUACUGCAGAUAAGACGAACGACGGCAGUGGAAAGGGGAUACUGAUCUAUUCUGUGCCGGAACAGGCUACCCAGACCCCCGAGCAGAGUGACCAGGACGAAGAAGAGAUGGUCCAGAAGCCACCCAUGCUCCGCAAAAAGUCCGGUGAGCUGGUCCGGCCAGCCAUUAGACUACGCCAGGGCAGGCCGCUCAGCAUGCCCGGAACACCCACUUUCUCCAAAGCAGUGCACUUUGGGGCCCAGCUGGAAGAAGUCCGUCACUUCAUGCAGCUCGACCGUCCCCUGGCCGUCAGUGCUGGAUCUUCUCCCGUCGAGGAAUAUGACGGAGACACCGAGUUCCCUUUCACUUGCUCCAACGCAGCAUGCUCUUCCUCUUCUGUACUAUCAACGCCCAGCAAGGACCACUGGGAGGCCAGAGUGACCAAUUUCCCCAGCAUGCUGGACGACGCCCGCCUGAACAAGCCAGUUCGGCUCCGUCGUAUCCAGCUCUGCCCUGAUACCCACGCCCUGCUCGGCACAGUAGCAGUGGCCAACAUCUGUUACUCCAAGCACGUCUCUGCCCGCUUCACGCUGGAUAACUGGAAGACCGUCUCCGAAGUCACGGCCGAAUACGUGCAUGCUGACGCUCCUUGCAUCGACCGAGACGAGCGAGUAGGCUUCGACACCUUCAGCUUCUCGAUCGAACUGGCCGACCAGCUCAGACACGGGAUGCAGAAUAAGACUCUCUUCCUGUGUCUGCGGUAUAACGUCGGCGGACGGGAGUUCUGGGACAACAACGACGACAUGAACUAUCAGAUUGUCUUUUCACGACGGACCUCUAACAACUCUACUUCUGGCUCCAGUGGAUCAGUUGGUAGAGAUCCGCUGUUCAGGGCCCGUAUGGCCAAGGCGAAGAACGCGAGAGGAGGCCGGGCAAAGCCGUUGUCGAUGGUGGCCAUGGGCAUGAACUUGCCCAUGAACAUGCCUAUCGCCCUGCCUGACAACGUUAAGGUCGCUGUAAAGCAGCAGACACAGUUUGAAAUCACGGCUUCGAAGCCCGGUGAUUCAGACGUGGACGUCGACUCGGAGAAGGAAGGCUGGUUCCCGGACCCUGACUCGCCUACCAGGAAGAACAAGCUACGCACCAACGUGUUUGGAGACAGAUAUGACUUUUCUGCCUCUCUGACUACCUCCUCGUCUGGUGGUGGUGGUGGUGGUGGUACUGGUUCAGGCCCUGCUCGAUACGGUCAUAAACACAGCCACUCCAUGCCGCAGCUGAACAUGGUUGAGAGCAGCAGUACCAGUGCCAGUGCAGGCAGCCCCAGCACUCCCAGCGACUCCGACGAGUCCCCUUCCCCCGUCGGCGAGAAGAGACUUUCCGACUUCCUAUCUGACAGACCCAACCACCAGUCCCAGGUCUACAAGGAGCUAGUUGACCGAUACUGCUUCUUCGGCUCAACAAAGUCUAGACGAUCAGGCGUGUCUUCCAAGGACGGCACUGGCACAGAGGAAGUCGAUGAAGACACCUCAACGCCCACCAUGCCCGUGGCCAUGUCCAUGUCCAUGUCCACCCCCCUGAACAUGCACCAUCUCACCCGCCGCCUCUCCCCAGGCCCAGGCGGCCACACCCCAGUCUCAACAUCCCCCUCAGCUUCUACCUCUACCUCUCCCUCCGACACCGAGGGCCUAGCUACCCCUCCAGCAUCAACAUCAGCAUCGACUUCAGUCCGUCCUUCCUUUACCUUUGGUCGUCCCCGUCCGGCUUCAGAGAGAGGGAUGCCCGCCUCUCCUGCCCCCGCCCCGCCCCAACGGCGAUUUUAG